AUGUCCAGCAAUCCCGAGCUUCCCAUCCCGCGCCCGGCGCAACCCAUCACCCUCGACUCCAACCUUGCCCAAGGUGCCGGCUCAGCCUCGCUAUGGGACCGGAUAUCCUCCUGGGCCGCCGAGCAUAAGGCUGUCGUCUACACCAUUGCCGGCGUGACCGUGUUGGUGACGGGUGCCGGUGCCGUCUACUACUUCGCCGGCGACUCCAAGAGGCCCGAAUCGGCCAAGGCCAAGAAGAACAGGAAGCAGAAGGAGAGGAAACGCGCAAAGCAGGCCGCCGACGAGACUGCCGCGAAGGAGGCCGAGGUUGCGGCUACGAAGAAGCCCUCCGUCUCUGAUGCGAGCGAUGACGAUCUGCCCUUUGUCGACGAGGCCAUUGCCUCGGGUCUGACCCCUGAUGAGCGCAAAGACUUCGCCGCGAAGCUCAAGGCCGCCGGCAACAAGGCCUAUGGCUCGAAAGACUACAACCGCGCCAUUGACCUGUACACCAAGGCCAUCCUCUGCAAGCAAGACCCCGUUUUCUUCUCGAACCGCGCCGCCUGCUGGAACGCCAUGUCGAACUGGGAGAAGGUCAUCGAAGACACCACCGCUGCGAUCAAUCUGGACAACGAGUACGUGAAGGCUCUGAACAGGCGCGCCAACGCCUACGAGCAGGUCGACCUCUUCAGUGAGGCCCUCCUCGACUACACGGCCAGCUGCAUCAUCGAUGGAUUCCGCAACGAAAUGAGCGCACAGAGCGUUGAGCGUUUGUUGAAGAAGGUCGCUGAGGCUAAGGGCAAGGCCAUUCUCGCCGGAAAGGAGAAGAAGCUUCCAAGCCCGACCUUUGUUUCCAACUACCUCCAGAGCUUCAGGCCCAAGCCGCCCCCCGCUGGUCUGGAGCCCGAGGCUGAUCUGGACGAGGAGACGGGCAAGGGCCAGCUGCGCAAGGGCUUGAUUGCUCUCAACCUCAAGACUGCCGAUGGUUACACCGAGGCCGCCCAGGCUUUCGACAGGGCGCUGGAGCUUGGUGAUUUGGGCGAGCACGAGGCUUUCGCGUACAACAUGCGUGGAACUUUCAAGUACCUCAAGGGUGACAACAAGGACGCUUUGACAGACCUGACCAAGAGCGUUGAGCUUGACCCCUCGCUGACCCAAAGCUUUAUCAAGAGGGCGAGCAUGCACCUCGAGCAGGGCGAGAAGGAUGCCGCCCAAGCCGACUUCGAACAGGCCAUGGGCCAGAACCCCGAAGACCCCGACAUAUACUACCACCGUGCUCAGCUUCACUUCAUCCUGGGAGAGUUCGCCUCGGCGGCAAAGGACUACCAGAAGUCGAUUGAUCUCGACAAGGACUUCAUUUUCUCGCACAUCCAGCUCGGCGUUACCCAGUACAAGAUGGGAAGCAUCGCCUCUUCCAUGGCUACUUUCCGUCGCUGCAUGAAGAACUUCGAAAAGGUUCCCGAUGUGUACAACUACUACGGCGAGCUCCUGCUCGACCAGCAGAAGUUCCAGGAAGCCAUCGAGAAGUUCGACACUGCUGUCGAGAUGGAGAAGGCGGCCAAGCCGCUGGGCAUGAACGUUCUGCCCUUGAUCAACAAGGCCCUGGCCUUGUUCCAGUGGAAGCAGGACUUUGGGGACGCCGAGGAGCUUUGCAAGAAGGCUCUCAUUAUCGACCCCGAAUGCGAUAUUGCCGUUGCAACCAUGGCCCAGCUUCUCCUCCAGCAGGGCAAGGUUCCCGAGGCGCUCAAGUUUUUCGAGCGGGCCGCCGAGCUUUCGAGAACCGAGGGCGAGAUUGUCAACGCGCUUUCGUAUGCUGAGGCGACGAGAACGCAGCUCGAGGUUCAAGAAAAGUACCCGCAGCUCGCUAGCCGUCUUGGUGCGAUGGGGGCUGGCAUGCCUGCGAUGGCUCGCUAA